CUCGGCUGUUCUUCGGCAAGCCAAGAACUGAAUUUUCCAUCAUCUUCAUUCGCUCUGUCCCCUCUGGAAUGUCCGAGCGAAUUCUCCAAGCCUUUAACGGUCAACUGAAUCCGUCAUUUCUCAUGGAGCGUCUCCACCGGUAAUUCCUCCAACCGGUUUAGACUGCCGCGUUUGCGCACCCCCUCCGUACGGAAGCUGGGAUUUCCGGGGGCUCCCCACGUUUCCAUGCUGGGGGAAUAUGGGGAAGACAAACCGGGGGAUGAUUGUCUACGCAAAUGAUUGGCGGACGUAGAGAUUUUUCUCCUGAGUUUGUCCGUCGAGUCGGGAGUAUAUAAAGGGUGACGGCCACAGCAAGGACGUUCCUCUGAAGCGAAUCUCAUCCAGGCCAGGCAUCUAUAGAUUCCCUUCUAUACUCAUGCCCAUCAUGCGCUCGCUCACUUGGCUCGCCACCCUGGCAUCCCUCCACACUACCUUUGCCUCCCCACUCGCCUCAAACCCGUCGUCCAAUAGUCACAAUUCCAAGAACAAUGGCUACAUGAACUGGCGCACCUUCACCGGCUAUGGCGUCAACCUGGGAGGCUGGCUCGAACAGGAAUCUACGAUCGACACCCGCUGGUGGGCUACCUACGGCACCAAUGCCUCCGACGAGUGGACGAUCUGUGCCAACCUCGGUUCCGCCUGCUCUCGCGUUUUCGAGCAGCGCUACGAAACCUACAUCACCCCAGCGGACAUCGACACCCUUGCCUCGGCCGGUGUCUCCAUCCUACGCAUCCCAACUACCUACGCUGCCUGGGUACGCGUGCCAGGCUCGCAGAUGUACUCGGGCAACCAGCAGAAGCACCUGCGCCGUAUCACGGAGCACGCUACCAAAAAGCACGGCAUGCACGUCGUCCUCGAUCUCCACUCGCUGCCCGGCGGCACCAACGGACUCGACAUCGGCGAGAAGGUUGGGAACUGGGGGUGGUGGAACAACGAGACCGCAUUGGAGUGGUCACUUCGCGCGGUCGAUGCGGUUGCUGCCUUUGUGCAGUCCUCCAGCAGCCCGCAGAGCUACAGUAUCGAGCCUAUCAACGAGCCCGCGGAUAACGAAGAUCUCUCGGUGUUUGGCACAGCUGCCGCGUUAACCGACGACGGAGCUGUCUGGUUGCUGAAGUACUUCAACGCUGUCAUUGCGCACGUCAAGAAGAUCAAUGCCAAGAUUCCCGUUAUGUUGCAGGGUAGCUUUAAGACGGAGCAGUACUGGUCGCCUCACUUCGAUGCUUCGGAGAACAUCGUGUUCGACCUGCAUCAUUACUAUUUCCAAUACCCCGAGGCGACGAGUGCGAACGUAACUGAGUAUAUCUGCAAGGAUGCGAAGCAGUCCGCCGGCGAUGGCAAAUUCCCCACGUUCGUGGGUGAGUGGGCCAUGCAGACUGGUGGUGAGAAUGAGCUUGGUCUGCGGAAGCAGAAUCUGCACGCUGGAUUGUCGGCGUGGGCGCAGUACACUCGUGGCAGUUCGUAUUGGAAUGCCAAGUUUGAGAGCAACGCUACUAUUGUCGGAGAGGGUGUGAAGCAGGAUUAUUGGAGCUUUGAGGAGUAUAUUGCGGAUGGAUUUUUGAAGGGAAAUGUUCUGGUCAAGGAUUACUGCAAAUAG